GCGCUGCGGCUGGAGGUGCUGGUGGAGCGGCCGCUGCGCGUGUUCCACGUGGAGCUGGAGGUCACCGAUAUCAACGACAAUGCCCCCAUCUUCCCCGCCGCACGAAAAAAUCUCAGCAUCGCAGAAUCAUCGGUGGCGGGUUCUCGUUUCCCGCUGGAGGGCGCGUCGGAUGCGGAUAUCGGAGCGAACGCGCAGCUCUCCUAUACACUCAGCCCAAACGAGCAUUUUACACUCGAUGUUAAAUCCUCUGAUGAAAACCGGAAAUCUCUGUUUUUGGUGCUCUCAAAGCCACUGGACCGCGAGACGAUUCCCGUGCAUCGGUUGGUGCUGACGGCGACUGACGGGGGCCGGCCGUCUCUGACGGGCACAACUGAGCUGGUAAUCUCAGUGCUGGAUGCGAACGACAACGCGCCCCAGUUCAACCAGUCGGUGUAUAAAGUGCAGCUACUGGAGAGCGCUGCAGAGGGGACACUCGUAGCACGUGUGAAUGCCACGGAUCCAGACGAAGGAACUAAUAAAGAGUUUUCUUACAGCAUCUUGAAUUCAGUUCCUCUCGGUCACAAAGACCUCUUUACCAUUAACACCAAGACGGGGGAGAUUAGACUGGGAGGUACUUUGGACUUUGAGGGCGUUCGUUUACACGAAUUGCAAAUCGAAGCGACGGAUAAAGGGACACCCCCGCUGUCAGGUCAUUGCAGCGUGGAGCUAGAGGUGCUGGACGUGAAUGACAACGCGCCGGAGGUGUCUGUGACAUCACUGUCGGUGCCGGUGCCCGAGGACGCGUCGGUGGGGACGGUGGUGGCCCUGCUGAGCGUGUCGGACCGGGACUCGGGGGCGAACGGUCGCGUGCGGUGCUGGGUGUGGCCGGCGUCGCCGUUCGGUCUGGAGGCGACGUUCUCGGGCUCGUACUCGCUGGUGCUGCGCGAGGCGCUGGACCGGGACGAAGUGGGCAGCUGGUCGUACUCGCAGCGCCACAGCCGGAGCCUGUGCGUGGCGGACGGCGCGGGCAAGAGCGACCUGAUGGUUUUCAGCCCCAACUUCCCUCCGCCGCCGCCCGGCCCCGCGGCCAAGGACACUCAGCCGGAGCCGUCGGCUCUCCUGGGCACGGGCCGGCGGGCGAGCGUGGAGGUGAGCGGGGCGAGCGGCGCGCUGGUGGUGAGCUCGCGGCUGGACCGGGAGGAGCUGUGCGGCAAGAGCGCACCGUGCGCGCUGCGGCUGGAGGUGCUGGUGGAGCGGCCGCUGCGCGUGUUCCACGUGGAGCUGGAGGUCACCGAUAUCAACGACAAUGCCCCCAUCUUCCGUGUGACCGAAGAAGCCCUUAACAUUGCAGAACUGACCACUCUCCCUGGGUCUCGUUUCCCGCUGGAGGGCGCGUCAGAUGCAGAUAUUGGAGCGAAUGCACAGCUCUCCUAUAGACUCAGCCCAAACGAGCACUUCUCUCUUGGUCAUCAGGAAAACAAUGAGCAGAGCGCCACUUUGAGUCUUGUUUUAACAAAGUCUCUGGAUAGGGAGACGAUUCCCGUGCAUCGGUUGGUGCUGACAGCGACUGACGGGGGCCGGCCGUCUCUGACGGGCACCAUGGAGCUGGUGAUCUCAGUGCUGGACGCAAACGACAACGCACCGCAGUUCAACCAAUCGGUGUAUAAGGCGGCGACCAACGUGUGGCUGGUGGUGGCCAUCUGCGCCGUGUCGAGCCUGUUCCUGCUGGCCGUGGUGCUGUACGGGGCGUCGCGCUGGGCGCCGCGGGCGGCCGUGCUGUCGGGGCCCGGGCCCACGACGCUCGUGUGCGCCAGCGAAGUGGGCAGCUGGUCGUACUCGCAGCGCCACAGYCGGAGCCUGUGCGUGGCGGACGGCGCGGGCAARAGCGACCUGAUGGUUUUCAGCCCCAACUUCCCUCCGCCRCCGCCCGGCCCCGCUGCAGAAAACGGUUCUGCUGGGAAGGGGCCGUCUCUCUCCCCUCUUGCUUCAAGUUUGAUCCCUUACUACCGGCUUUACGUUUAA